ACACACACUUCUAGGAAUAGUUAGGCUAUCUACUUAAACUUAAAAAAGUAUUUUGUUACCGUAGUUUUACCUGUAGAGGCAUGUUUGGAUCAAAUUAAACACGGUAUGUUUUCGGUGUAGCACACAUUAACACGGUAUAGAUGUAGCACUACUAGUUGAACGAUGGUAGGCUGUUUCUAUUUCUUUUUGUAAAUAAAGUUAGUUCAAUUCAAACAAAAUGGCAGCGCCCUGUGGUCCACCCGUGUUGUUGAAUUGAACGGAGAACGAAUCUAAAAAGAAAGAAAACUGCUUUUUCUGCAUUAACAAUAAGGCUUUCUUGUCUUCAUUUCAGAGGAGGUAUGGCCGCUGUGAAAAAGCCAUUAAAAAAGGAAAUCAAAAAGUACAUUCCAGCCAAGACCUCCUUCACAUCACCAUUCACUCCAAAAUGGGGCCCACUUCCCCAAGAAGAUAUGCAUUUUAUCCUGAAAACCCUGACAGCUAAGCUGGUUUCCAUGGGUCUUGAGAAGAAAGAAGUCAAAGUGUUUCGCCCGUGGAGGAAAAAGAAAGACCAGAAACCUGCUGCCACAUCAGAGCUCGUUUCCCAGGUGAGCCAGGAGUUUCAGGUGACUGAUUCUCCCAAAAACGGCUGGACAGAUGUGGCAGCCAGGAGACAACUGGCCAUUGGCGUCAAUGAGGUCACCAAAGCUCUGGAGAAGAACGAGCUCAGACUGUUGCUUGUGUGCAAGUCUGUGAAGCCGAAACACAUGACGGAUCACCUGAUAGCUCUGAGUGCAACAAGAGGUGUGCCAGCCUGCCAGGUGCCUCGUCUGAGCCAGAGCCUGUCUGAGCCACUGGGGCUGAAAAGUGUCCUCGCUCUGGGAUUCAGACAGUGUGCCUCCAAAGAUGAUGAGGUGUUCACUGACACUGUUGAUGCCAUAACACCCAGAGUGCCUUCCCUGGAUGUUGCAUGGCUACAAGGUAUAGCACCCAGUGUAACACCCGAAGAACCCAUUGACAUGGAAGAGGAGGAAGAACUUGGUCAGAAUAAGGGAAAAAGGAAACUUGAGAGUGAAUCUGAGUCUGCCUCCACCUGCACUCUGCAACCUCUCAAAGUGAAAAAAAUAGUUGCUAACCUGGCAAAAAAAAGAAAAAAGGCUAAGUGAAAUCAGUCAAAUUAAAUGAGACUGCCUAUUUAUUAAAAUAACCAUUCCUAUGUUUUUGCAUGUUUUAACCCACUGGUUUCCAAUGUGUUGUUUUUUUGCUUUUGACCAUUUAAAAUGAGGCAGUCUACUUAAUGUGGACAUGAGUCAUUUUUCCUUCUCAAUUUGUAUCAUUCUUAGUCCUGAAGAGUUAAAAACACCAACUAGUAUUUAACUUCCUCACCCUAAAGUUGGGAUUCACUGUUUGAGCUCAUUUGUUUCAAUGGAAAAUGUCAAUUUUCUUUGGUUUAGUGAAUGCAUUUUCCUGACAUGGGUCAGCCAUUCGUUCAUCAUGUUGAAUCUUAAACACUUGCUUGAGAUAGGUAUGGAAUUCAUUACUAGAAAUAUAGAAGUAGACAUAAGUUGUUGGAAUGAGUAACCUUUGUAAAGCAAGUAAGGCCUUGUUAUAUUCCAUUAAAAGAAUGGAAACCAGUAGCUCCAUAGAGGGUUAGAAACACUCUUCGUACAGUAUGGGUUGGGGGAUAGCCUGCAGUUUACAUGACUUUAAAUAAAUUGGUUAAAAUGUGUAAGGACUACUAUGUUCCUUUUUUUAAAUUGACUUGUGACAUUUUGUUAGCCAGCUAACGAGCACAACAUCGGAUGUUUUUGCGUUUCUGAAUUAAACUUAUGUGUGGGAGAUAUCUUUCAUGUUCUUCGGUAAAUAUGACACAUUUCAGACCCAUACCCAUUAAAUGUUGUUGGGCAAAGUCCAUUUAAUAGUUCUCAGUUAAGGCUGUAAUUUACAUAAAAGGAAAAAAAAAAACUUUGUUUUUCAAUUGCCCCUGUCAUGUUAAAAAGAAGUGCGUUACUCGGGUCCCUUUUUAAAGUGAGUUUAUUCAAUCAAAUAUCCAUGCUGGUAUAGCCGACGUGUGUUGAAACAGAUUGUUAUUUGCAUUGGGGGUCAUGUCUUUAAAUGAUGCUGGUAAAGGUUCUUCAGCUUUUUCACAGCUUACAAUGGAUUUGAAUAAAAAAUAUUGUUCUUCAGUUAGAGAAAGCUGUAUGUCAUUUCAAAAGUACCCCCCACCCCACCUCAAAAUAUUAAUAAAAAAAAAAAAGAAAACAUCUUUAAAUAAGGCAGGUACUUCGGGUUGAGUUCUCACUAAAGGGUGUGGCUAGUAACAUCAACGCUAAAAAUCAUCACAGCAGCAAAACUGACAUGCUCAAAGUUCAUUCAAACAGCUGCAGGCAACACAGUGACACAACCAACAUCCAUGAGGCACACGUCGACUCAGUUUCAGUGUUAAAUGAAUGCCGAUAACAUCCGUCUUUGUCAACUCAUUUAACCUUUUCAAUGGUAAAAAAAAUAAAUAAAUAAAAAAGAAUCUUUGAGCCCUGAA